AUGGGUCUGAAUUCUCGGUCUAAGAGGAUGAGUAACUGCCAUCUUCGAAGGACGUUGGCAAUUGCCAAUGAGGAUGGAAGUUAUAUAGAAACAGGGUUUUGGAGUGGCACUUGUGGCUCACAAAAUCUGCUUAGAAGCUUUAAAAAAAGUACUAGUCUAAAGGGUUCCCUAUGUUUGCCCUUGGAAUGGCGGUUACGUGUUCUGAGUGUUCCUACACUGGUGCAGAGAAUAUGUGAGACAUGCACUACAAACACAGCCGCAGCAGCUAUUGAUGGUACAUUUACUGCAACAAGUGACAGUGCUGGAGACAAAUUCACUUUUUCACAUUCUGGGAGUGGAGCUCUGUUGCUUUAUCGGCUUGAUGUUCUCAAUAACAUUACUCUCUCGUCACGGGCUCAGCCUAAUUUUGCCGGUAAUAUGCAAUUGUUUGUUCCAUCCGUUAGGAUGAAAAGCGUUCAAACCAGUUCCUUGUCUAAACCAUUCUUCAGCAAACGAGAGGAACUGAAUGAUCUCGAUGCUCUAAUGCAUGUGCAGAUAGCUAGUGCUUUUGAAAUGGACGGAAAACCUUGUUGGUCUGUAAUAGAUGGUAUUUUGCAACUUUUAGAGUCUGAAGAGCGUGCGAAACUGGCACGUUUGAAACAUUACGAACGUAUUUAUACGUUUUUUGUACAGAUCUUUGCGUAUUUUUCUCCUUCAUCAGGAGAAUUUAUCAUUUCACCUCAGAGUGAUCGUUUUCCAGUAAUAAUAUUUUCCCGUUGCCUUACUGUUAUCAUUCCGUACUGUUCUACCGAUCCUCAUUUCGAAGAACUUGUUACUGGAUUUUUGGCAGACUUCGUUGAUCUCAUUUCUACUGAGGGUUCUAGUGAUUUUAAGAAGAUAGAGCUCUGUUUUGCCGUGUGUCAGAGGAAAUAG